AUGGUCAAAGAGCGCUGCGCUCCCGAGGUCAAGCUACUUGUGGAUAUUCAAGACCCCGGUCAGAUCUUUCAUGGCCUGGAAGAGAUCAAACAAUAUUUCCAGAAGAAUCCGGGCUUUCCGUCCGAAGAGAUGACCAUUGUCGAUCGCCUUUGCGUUACCUACCCAGUCGAGUUCUUUUCGGACCGCGACUCACGUGGCAAGGACUUCAAGCAACGCAGACUCAUCAUCUUCGACAUGAACAACGAUCACAAAGUAAUUCGUAUCGAGAUGAGACCCGUUGGCCCUAAGGAGUCAGUCGAUCCGGAUGCGCCGAUUCCGCAAGGUGGCCCAAGGAUUAGAGUUGACAAAUCUCUUUGA